AUGUCUUCUCCUACCGACACCACUCCUGCUUCCAAGGGUUCCUUCGAUGGCGAGCGUCGUCGCUCCUCUGGUGGUCUCUUCAACAACAUCUUGUCUCAGAAGCGCAGCCCCGACAACGCUGCCUACUCUGCUCGUCGUGCAAGCAUCGAGGAGCAGGGCCCACCCAAGGGCAUGUUCGGCAAGCUGUGGGACAACGCCGUCAGAGGUGUCGGUCCCGAAGCCCAGAAGUAA